AUGUUAGGAUUCCGAGCGGUCGGGAUCCUGCUGCUUUUACAGACAAGCUGUACCAUUGCGCAACUGUUUGGAAACAGCCAGAAUGCACUCGCACCAGCAGGCGGUAGGCGAAAUGUGCUCCGGCAAGGCGAUGGAGCCGUUAGCCACGAUCACACCCACAUCGAGACGAUCGAUGUCAAAUGUGAUCAGCGCAACGGUAUGCUCGUGACGGUACAGUUCGAGGAUGACUUCCAAGGUGUUAUCUAUAGCCAGGGCUACCACAACGAUCCUAAGUGCCAGUACGUGCAGGCCAACCAGGGUGGCAAGCAGUUCACCUUCACCGUACCGUACGACAGAUGCGGUAGUAAGCCAUCCUGUGCAGUGUGUGCAUCGGUCGACAAUGUGCUCGUCAUACAGACGGACGAGGAAGUGCAGGAGGCCUGGGAUACGGCCCGACGAAUCUCCUGCAGCCAGAGCGAGCAACAGCAGAACACGAUCAUCUUCAAACCGUUCGUCGUCGAUCAGCUGGAAGUGGUCAAUGUACCUACAUCGACUGGCGGUGUCGAGUGUUGGAUGGACAUCCAGCGAGGCAUCUAUCCGAGCAUUUCGCCCAUCCCGAGCAUCAUUAAAAUCGGGGAGGCGCUCAGUGUGCUGGUGUACCUCCGUGAUCCAAAGGGCGAAUACGACGUGUCGGUAAAGGACUGCUACGCAUUUGAUAGUCCGGAUUAUGAUGCGAAAACCACUGCACGCCUGCAGCUAUCUGACAAGAAUGGGUGCUCGCGUAAGAAGAAGCUGUUUGGGCUGUGGCAAAAGACGACACAGACUGGCAGCUCGGGUGCUACACUGGUUGUGCACAAUAGCAUCAAGGCGUUCAAGUUCCCCGAUCGCAUGCAGGUCUUCCUAAAGUGUGAUAUCGAAAUCUGUCGCGGUGGUUGUGGACCGCAGGCGUCCAUCGCCGACACGUGGACGACCAACUCAAGCGACAUCGCUAGCUCCGCCCGUUCCAACACGCGGACGCCGUCCAACAGUAACGCCAGCACCUUCUCAGCCAGUAUAUACGGUUCCGGAAACACAGCCUCCACGUCGUGGUACGCGUCCUCCGCGUCCGGUGGAAACAACCCCAGCGACGGCACCUUCAAGACGCACGCGUCCACCAAAUACACGGGCACCGACGGUGUAAGACCAACAAGACCUGUACCGUCUCCGACAACGCCACGAUUUUCCACCACAACUGAAGAGGAGGAUGAUGGUGUGCCAAACUGUUUGCUGCGAUCCAAUGAUCCUCGCUGCGAGGAAGUAUCCAUCUACUUACCGGUGAUUCCACGGGAUCAGGUUACUACGAAGUCACCGAUCGUGCCAACUGUACCAUCGGUUACGCCGAGUACUCCUUUAAAUUGUUUCCCAGGCUCAAACGAUCCACGUUGUAGAACACCCGUACUCCGCUGUCCACCGGGAACGUCAGAUCCUCGUUGUCCAGGAUUUGUGCGUCCACAGGAGCCGAAAGAUACAGCUACAUAUUUACCACCGGUUGAUAAGCCUAACUGCUAUCCAGGAUCAGCUGAUCCACGAUGUCCUCAAACGACCGCUGCUCCACGAUGCUAUCCGGGAUCAAGCGAUCCUCGCUGUCCUACGACUUCGCGGCCAACACAACCGCCAUUGCGUUGCUACCCAGGCUCUAGUGAUACUCGCUGUCCUCAACCGACGAUCACAACUCAGCCACCUUUACGAUGCUAUCCAGGUUCAACUGAUCCACGUUGUCCACAAACUACACCGCGCCCAGCGCCUACAACUACACCAGCACCGCGUUGUUAUCCUGGGUCCAAUGAUCCUCGAUGCCCUACCACGCCAAGACCACCACCAACCACACAACCACCACUACGCUGUUAUCCAGGAUCGACCGAUCUUCGUUGCCCUCAAACUACUCCACGGCCAGUACCGACAACCACACCUGCCCCAGUUUGCUAUCCAGGAUCUACUGAUCCGAGGUGCCCUCAGACUACUCCUCGACCUGUACCAACGACAACACCAGCUCCGAGAUGCUACCCUGGUUCAAACGACCCUCGAUGCCCUACCACGCCAAGACCACCACCAACUACACAACCACCACUACGCUGUUAUCCAGGAUCGACCGAUCUUCGUUGCCCUCAAACUACUCCACGGCCAGUACCGACAACCACACCUGCUCCAGUUUGCUAUCCAGGAUCUACUGAUCCGAGAUGCCCUCAGACUACUCCUCGACCUGUACCAACGACAACACCAGCUCCGAGAUGCUACCCAGGAUCGAGCGAUCCUCGAUGUCCAACCACUCCUCGACCAACACCAACUACACAACCACCUCUACGCUGUUAUCCGGGAUCGACCGAUCUUCGUUGCCCACAAACUACUCCACGUCCAGUACCCACAACUACACCAGCUCCAGUCUGCUAUCCUGGUUCAACAGAUCCACGUUGCCCGAAACCAACACCCACGACUCAACCUCCUCUGCGAUGCUAUCCUGGUUCAACGGAUCUUCGUUGCCCACAAACCACUACUCGCCCAGUGCCAACGACCACGCCUGCUCCACGUUGUUAUCCAGGAUCGAAUGAUCCUCGAUGCCCGACGACUCCAAGGCCACCACCAACAACUCAGCCCCCACUUCGCUGUUACCCAGGCUCGACCGAUCUUCGUUGCCCGCAAACUACACCGCGUCCAGUACCUACGACAACUCCAGCUCCUCGUUGUUAUCCGGGAUCUAAUGAUCCUCGAUGCCCGACCACUCCUCGGCCGCCACCAUCUACCCAGCCACCACUUCGUUGUUAUCCGGGUUCUACCGAUCCACGCUGUCCGCAAACAACUCUUCGCCCUAGUCCAAAGUGUUAUCCAGGUUCGCUUGACCCUCAGUGUUCUGACAAGCAGGAUUCGGAAACAUAUCUGCCUCCAGUGGAAGGUCGACUGAUCCACGAUGUCCUACGACAGCACGUCCUACUCCACCCACAACAUCGGCUCCUCGUUGUUAUCCAGGAUCCAAUGAUCCUAGAUGCCCGCAAACCACCCCUCGUGCAGUACCAACGACUACAGCUGCUCCACGUUGUUAUCCAGGAUCCAAUGAUCCUAGAUGCCCGCAAACCACCCCCCGUGCAGUACCAACGACUACAACUGCUCCACGUUGUUAUCCAGGAUCCAAUGAUCCUCGUUGUCCUACCACGCCAAGACCACCACCAACUACACAACCACCACUACGCUGUUAUCCAGGAUCGACCGAUCUUCGUUGCCCUCAAACUACUCCACGGCCAGUACCGACAACCACACCUGCCCCAGUUUGCUAUCCAGGAUCUACUGAUCCGAGGUGCCCUCAGACUACUCCUCGACCUGUACCAACGACAACACCAGCUCCGAGAUGCUACCCAGGAUCGAGCGAUCCUCGAUGUCCAACCACUCCUCGACCAACACCAACUACACAACCACCUCUACGCUGUUAUCCAGGAUCGACCGAUCUUCGUUGCCCUCAAACUACUCCACGGCCAGUACCGACAACCACACCUGCCCCAGUUUGCUAUCCAGGAUCUACUGAUCCGAGGUGCCCUCAGACUACUCCUCGACCUGUACCAACGACAACACCAGCUCCGAGAUGCUACCCUGGUUCAAACGACCCUCGAUGCCCUACCACGCCAAGACCACCACCAACUACACAACCACCACUACGCUGUUAUCCAGGAUCGACCGAUCUUCGUUGCCCACAAACUACUCCACGUCCAGUACCCACAACUACACCAGCUCCAGUGUCCUCAAACUACACCACGUCCAGUACCAUCUACUACUCCUGCGCUUAAAUGUUUCCCAGGAUCGACCGAUCCGCGCUGUCCAACGACACCGAGACCUACAUUGCCACCAACUCAGCCACCACUUCGUUGCUACCCAGGAUCGAAUGAUCUACGCUGCCCACAAACCACUCCCCGACCCGUACCAACGACACGUCAACCGUGCUAUCCCGGUUCCCUGGAUCCCGCUUGCCCGCGUCCAUUUGUCACAACCACUCCGUCUUCGUGCUACCCAGGCUCACCCGAUCCCAACUGCCCGCAGCCUUAUCGACCAAGCAGCACUAAUCCUCCUGCUACUUAUUUGCCACCAUUCCCUGCUGAGUCGGGAGCCCGCUCGGUACGACAUCUUAGCCCAGAAACACUGAGUGAUAUUAACGCAUUGGCCGAUUCGGCGGACGCUGCUGCGGAUUCGGUCAGUUCGGCGUCGGUAGGCACAGAAGGUGUACCGGAUUCAUCUCCACUGGUCAGUACAGCAAGAGCAAAGCGUGACACCAACCUGGUCAACGAUUUGGAUGGAGAACCGGCAAAGGAAAUCAUCUCCAUUACGUUGAACAUUAAGGGCUAUCAGUUUGAGCCGGAUUUGUAA